AAAUAUGGCAUGCUCAAAAAUAUUGUUAGGAGAUUUGCCCGAAUUAACAUAUGAUAUUAUACAAUACUUUCGGGAUGAUAUUCCAACAUUACGUUCAUGUAUUUUAGUCAAUAGAUUUUGGUGUCAAACGGCAAUUCCAUUAUUAUGGAAAGACCCGUUUUCAAUGAAAAAUCCUAAAAACUUCCACUUUAUUGAAAUUUACUUGCAUAAUAUAAAUGAAAAGGACAAAACACAAUUAAAUCGAUGUGGAAUUAACAAUAAUGUAUUUCCUUCAAAAACAUUAUUUAAUUAUUCCAAUUUUAUUAAAUGUAUAAAUACACGAAACAUGUGUUCCAUUAUUGUAAAUUGGAUUAAAAUUAACUAAAUGUUUACCUGUUCAAAAGGACGUAUUUUUUUAUUAUUAAUUAAUGUAUUUAUUGAAAAUGAAGCUAAAUUAUAUACUUUUGAAAUUGAUAUUUCAUUUAAUUACCUUAUGAGCAGAAAAUUUUUUAAUUCUAUUUUUAAAUUAAUCUU